AUGACGUCAGCUCGCCUGCUGCGAUACGCUUCAUUCCUCUCCGGAUUUGAUUACAUCGUUCGAUUCAAGAAGGGAAGUAGCAAUCAAAAUGUAGAUUGUUUAUCAAGAUCUCCAGUCAAAACAUGCAGUAGUUCAACAGAUCAAGAAAUCGGGGAAGAAGUGAACCAGCUUUAUUCUCAAUCACUUUUUCAAGUAUCCAACCGUGAAAUAACUUCAAAGACAAUCAAAGAAGAAACCGCAAAAGACCAUGAAAUGAAUGGAAUAGUUCGAACCCUGAAAAACAAUUCUACUGACUCAGAAUACACCCUACUUGACGGUAUAUUGUUUCGCAAAGACAGGAUUGUAAUUCCAACAUCUUUACGCUCCAAAAUACUCGGUGAACUUCAUGAAACUCAUCUGGGAAUAACCAAAAUGAAGCAACUCGCUCGACGCUAUGUUUACUGGCCAGGAAUUGACGGUGAAAUCGAAAGACUAGUUAAAGGAUGUAAAAGUUGUGCCCUAGUGAAAGCAAGUCCACCUAAAGUGUCAGUACAUCCGUGGAACCUACCUGAAAAUAACUGGGACCGCAUACAUAUAGAUUAUGCCGGCCCUUAUGAAAAUCACUACUUUCUUGUUUGUAUUGACGCAAGAUCCAAAUGGGCUGAAAUCGAAGUGUUGAAGGAAGCUCCCACAUCUUGGCGACUUAUGUUCAGUCUCCAGCAUUUUGGAGGUGUUCGCAAUUCAGACACACCCGUUCCCAUAGUCCGAUUAUGCUGGUUCACGAACUCGUUCUAA